GUCUUGCUCCGGUAGGUGGUGUCUGCAUGAAAGAGCACUCGUGCGUUAUUGCUGAGUUUGGAACUGUGAGUGAUGAUGGUCGUCCUUAUCCUUCAGCAGGUCUGCUGUCUACUUACGUGGCAGCACAUGAGAUUGGACACAACUUAGGAAUGUUUCAUGAUGGGCCUCCGAAUAAUAACUGUCCGACUAAUGGUCACGUGAUGUCUCCGAGUAGAGGAACCAAAGGAGAGACUACCUGGUCUACCUGCAGCUCCAAAGUUUUGGAAAAAUCAGAGAAGAAAUGCUUGUUGGAUGCACCUCAGGGAUCGCCUUCUAAAGGCAGGGACCAUUCUAAGUAUGAAGAAAAGCCCGGACAAGUUUGGGACGCUCAUGAUCAGUGCAAAAUCUUUCUUCGAGAUGAGGAUGCGACACUCUUCAAUGAGACCGUUAUUUCGAUGGUGUGUCAAGAAACUCUGUGCAAAACUCCUCACCGAAUAGGAUACUAUGCAGCUGGGCCGGCGCUAGAAGGUACAUUCUGCGGAGGUAAAAAGUGGUGCCAACGUGGUGAAUGCGUGUCUUCGAGCAAGCUGAAAGUAGUAAAAGGAGGAUGGUCUGACUGGAAUAAGGGCCAGUGCAAAUCGGGAUGCCUCAAGAAAUCCAGAGCUGUGGUCAUGGACAAAAGAUUUUGCAACAACCCAAAACCAAAGAACACAGAAAAACUGUGCGAGGGUGACAAUAUUCGACUUCAUUUCUGCGAUGAUGCUAAACUUUGCAAAUCCCGGCAAACUCCUGUGGAAUUCGCUAAAAAAAGGUGCGAGUUCUUCUCGAAAUAUGUACCGGAAAUAACGCCUCAAGGAGUACAAGUGAAGCACAAUGAAAAGCGCCAGUGGCAAGCCUGCGCAGUCUACUGCAAAAUGAAAUCCGGCACCUGGUAUACACCCCGUCAAGAAUUCAACGACAGAGGAAUUGACACUUUCUUUCCAGAUGGCACUUGGUGUCAUAACGAUGGUAGGACUGAUUAUUUCUGCCAAAACAAACUCUGCUUACCUCCACCAGUCAAAGGUAGGGCCCUAUGGCCGGAUCCUCAUCAGCCACGGGGCAGUGGGCCGGAAGUGGAUGUUCCUGUUCUCAACAAUGCCCAUCCUAAAGGAGAGAACAAAGCCCUGAACAAGCUCAAAGAAUACUUCCAGUAUUACGAAGGCCGUGUACCUCCUCCCUUGCCGAGACCCGAAGAACUCGGUAGACCGAAAGAAGAAGAUUAUGAAAUAAUUGAUUAUAUCUCACCCUUCGACCUGUAAUAAAACAUUUCUUUCAUUUUUUUAUAAA